AUGGCAGAGCCUGCGCCCGGCGUCGGGCAUACCGACUCGAUGAACUCGCACGACGAUCCGGACAAGCUGGCCGAUGGAAAGAAGAAGAAGAGCAGAAGACCCGCGAACACGGCAUUCAGACAACAACGAUUGAAGGCUUGGCAACCGAUUCUUACACCAAAGACGGUUCUGCCGCUCUUUUUCGCCAUUGGUAUCAUAUUCGCGCCUAUUGGUGGUUUGUUAAUAUGGGCAAGCUCAACAGUUCAAGAGCUUCAGAUCGACUAUUCAACAUGCAACACCGACGCCCCGAAUGCUACCGCCUUUGGCGACACCACGGACUUCAACAUGGCCGACAGUCUGAUCACUUCAGCAUUCAAGAGCGACACCAAGGUCAACGCACAGUGGCGCCACGAGCUCGUCAACCACACCUACCAUGGUGAUUAUGUGGUUCAGAACGUCUCCAAGUGUGUCAUCAGUUUCAUUCUCCCAGAUGACAUGGAGGCGCCUGUCUUGUUCUACUAUCGUCUCACCAACUUCUACCAAAACCACCGUCGCUACGUUUCCUCCUACUACGACAAGCAACUCCUUGGAGACGAUGUGAACACAGAGUCCUCUGUCAGCGAUUCCAGCUGCACGCCCUUGACCGUCGACAGUGACAGGGGAAAUCUUCCCUAUUAUCCUUGCGGUCUGAUUGCCAACUCCAUGUUCAACGAUACCUUCUUCAGCCCUGUUUACACGACCGAUAACAACACGCCAUAUGUGUUGCAGAACUCCAGCAACAUUGCCUGGUCAUCGGAUAACGAAUUGUAUGGCAACCUACCGGACACCCAAGAUCUCAGCAAGAUCUUGCCGCCGCCGAACUGGCAGAAACAGUAUCCGAACAAUAGCUACACUGAGAGUGCGCCGCCCCCGAACCUGAAGGACAACCAAGCCUUCCAGGUUUGGAUGAGGACUGCAGGUCUGCCUACUUUCAGCAAGCUGUACGCGCGUAAUGACACUGCCACGAUGAAGAGCGGAACUUAUCAAAUUGAGAUUCUAUCCGAGUUCCCAGUGACCGAAUACCAAGGUACCAAGUCGAUUGUAUUCACCACCAAGAGUGUCAUCGGUGGCAAGAAUCCCUUCUUGGGCAUUGCAUAUGUCGUGGUUGGCGGUAUCUGCAUCGUGCUUGGUGCCAUCUUUACCGUGACCCACUUGAUUCGCCCAAGAAAACUUGGUGAUCAUACGUAUCUCUCAUGGAACAAGGUCUCGAACAAUGCCAAACCUGGCUCGAGUGGUCCCUCUGUGGGUAUGUCCACAGGUCGCGAUCUAGCUUAG